AUGACAUCGUCAUACAUUGGUCUUGCCUUUGGAUGUACAUUUGCUUUUGCAUUAAUGAUGAUUGUUUGUUUUUUAUGUGUAAAAACUUUACGUUCUUCUUCCAAAGGUCAAUCACAGUCACGAUCACGGAACGUGCAAAAAUAUAAUGCUCGGGAACCAGAGCGACCUAAGCCAUCAAUGGAUUUCGUUGCCAGUAUUUCUUACUCAGUUGAAAGAAGAAAACCAUCGAUUACGUAUCCCUCUUCUAUUUCGGAAUUAGUUGAAAUAAGGCGUACACCUAAAUCACCUAUGAGUCAGAUAAUUGCUAGAGAUGAAUCUACUUGUCUUCUAUCAGUUUAUAUUGAAUUUCUCGAAACAUUAAAUCUACAUGCAGAAUAUUUUAACCAUAAAUAUGAUCGAUGCUAUUGUUCAAGACAUUAUUCAAACAGUAAACCGAAAACAUAUGUGAGUGGAGGCUAUAAAUAUACGAUUCCAUGUGGAUGGAUACGUUUUGGUUUAAAAUUUAAUAGAUUACCUUGUGAAAAUGAAGAUAUUUUUAAAACUUGGCCUACAUCAUUCUAUGGUACAUCAAUAGAUCAACUUGAACAAAUUUUAUGCAUGCAUUUUGUACCAUUUCCAGGUGAUAGACUAUUAAACCAAGAAAUAUUUUCGCCGAAGUUUUUUGAUCAAGGUAUUUGUUAUACAUCACCAUCUAUUCAUUAUACAAGUAAUUUAAAAGUAUGCCAAAAACAUAUUUUUAUUUCAAAAUCAAAUAAAAUUUAUAAAGUUCAAGUUAUUUUACAAUGUAAACAAAAACCGAAUACAUUUGAAGUAAAUUAUGGUCAAUCUGGUUUAUGUAAUAUUAUUUCAGCAAAUGAAAUAAAAUGGAAAACUCGUACACGAUCGACUAUUCUACCUUAUGGAUUAUUAAUACACAUGAUAAAACAAUAG